CUAGCGUUAGCCAGCUAGUUAUCUGCACGGCCCAUGACUGAGGGAUUGUACUAGAAGUGGAAUUUGAAUGACGUCACCUGCUUUACAUUUUGUUGCCUGUUUAGACUAAUCUAGGUUUUAUCAGUUUUCUGCGUAAUCUACAACUAUAUGAUCAACUAAUUCUUCAGAACGGUGUAGUUUGCUUGGAUCCUACAAAUUGUAGUUAUUGGUAUAAAGUUUCCUAAAAGUGAAACAGCCUAUAACGCUACGUUAAAUUGUGGAGAUGAACAAGGGAUGGCUAUAUCUAUAAACAUUUUACUAGUUGGGCUGCGUUGGCUAAAUUCAGUCAGGCUUGUGAUAUUUAUUAGCCUAACCUAAUGCUAUCUAGGUUGCUUUCACAUUCGUUUCGACUGCGCAGUUAAUCAACUCGCCAGACAGCUAAGUAGAUUACUCCCACUCAAUAGUGUUAUUUAGUUGUCAGUUUUGACAUUUAAACGUAAUUUCAUUGGAAAUGUUAAAAAUCGUCUUUCUCCUCUGGGUGGUUUUAGCUUACCAUUUAAAAAUAUAUUUUUUUGUAAUUUAAAUGAAACAAAUGCGUACCUGAUUCCGUGUUUUAAAUUAAAAUCUCAGUUUAUUGGAGACCAGAGAAAACCAAACAGUCUAAACGGAAAUCUAGCAGGAAAUCCCUGCUGUGUGGCUCCGGGGGAUUUGUAGGUUUGGUGUGGGACAGGUGAUGUAUUUGCAGAUCACUGGCUCAGAGCGCAUUUGGUAACAGCAUGUGGGCCAGUUCACUCGGCUAAGAAAUCCUCAACCCGUUCUAAAUCAUAAAGCCGAUUAGGCUACUAUGCACCAAUCACAGUUAAAAAUCUUAAAAUAAAAAAAUUAAAGUAUAGCGCUGUAUUGCUGAAAUUAAUAUAUUUUGCCUAGGAAUGUCAACAUAGCCUAUGCGUAACAAAUGCGUAACUUGUGUGCUUUAAAAGCUGAAUCUUUUUCUCAUUGAAAUUUAUCUGCGGAUCACAACUGUCCUUGUUAUUUUACUUGUCUGUUCUGACUGCAGUAAAAUGAACGUUAAAUUUAAACGCAUUCUCCCUUUUGGCACUACAGGGAGAAUAAUCACUAUUUGCACCCUACCUGUUAUUCGAGUUUAACCGGCGGGCCCGAUCAUUUUUGAUUCGUCUUGAGUAUUAAUUUAUUUGCGGGUUUGGCACCUCCGAAUAAAAUCUUCCUAGAAGAGAUCUGCGGAGUGCCAAGCCCACCGCCAUUUGCUGAGGAAUUUUCGACUGAAAGGCCAAAUGUACUACUUCCAUGCUUGCCAGUGCCGUUUUGUCCUCAAGGUGUAAGAAUUUGUCAGUGACUUACUGGAAUCCCUAUUGGAGACUGCCCCCUGGUGUUUGUGGAUUGAACUGCUUUAUGGAUUCGGCUUUUAGGUACAUCAUGAGGAGGCGGGACCCGUCAGAGGGCGGGGCUGUGGCCGCGGCGCGGGAGGAGCGCAUGCACCUGGCCGUGGUCUCGUGCGGACAGAGGCUGGACGAGACGCUCACCAUGCUGAAGUCCGCCGUCCUCUUCGGCCGACGCCCCCUCCACUUCCACGUCUUCGCCGAAGACCAGCUGCACCGGGGCUUCAAAGAGGCCCUGGAGGUGUGGCCCGAGCCGUUCCGCUCCAGGUUCAACUACACGAUCUACCCAAUCACCUUCCCCCCGGAGAACGCCGCAGAGUGGAAGAGGCUGUUCAAGCCCUGCGCCUCCCAGAGACUCUUUCUACCGAUCAUCCUGAAGGAGGUGGACUCCCUGCUGUACGUGGACACGGACAUCCUGUUCCUGCGGCCGGUGGAGGACGUGUGGGCCUUCCUGGCGCGCUUCAACUCCACCCAGGCGGCCGCCAUGGCGCCCGAGCACGAGGACCCGCGCAUCGCCUGGUACAGCCGCUUCGCCCGCCACCCCUACCACGGCAAGACGGGCAUCAACUCGGGCGUCAUGCUCAUGAACAUGACCCGCAUCAGGGGCAAGCUCUUCAAGAAUGAUAUGACCUCUGUGGAGUUGUCAUGGGAAGACUUGCUGAUGCCCCUUCUCCAGAAGUAUAAGCUGAAUAUUACCUGGGGGGACCAGGAUCUGCUGAACAUCAUCUUCCACCACAACCCAGAGAGCCUGUUCGUGUUCCCCUGCCAGUGGAACUUCCGGCCGGACCACUGCAUCUACGGGAGCAACUGCGUCCCGGCCGAGGAGGAGGGCGUCUUCAUUCUCCACGGAAACCGCGGCGUCUACCACGACGAGAAGCAGCCGGCGUUCAGGGCCAUGUACGACGCCAUCAACAAGUACUCGUUUGGAGCGGACCCCCUGCACACCCUGCUGUUGCCCCUGGAGCAGCAGCUCCUGAGCACCACCCACACGUACUGCGGGAGAGUCAGACACCUCUUCACCAAGAGACUACGGCUCAGCGUCUCCAGCAUGAGCAGCGUCAGCACCGGCACGGCCAGAGGGAGCUGAUCUCUGCUUCCGUCCGCCCAGUGUCCCCGAGCUGCAGACAGCCAGCCAGAGCUACAGACGCUGAGUCUGAGGCUCCAAGCUACAGACACCCAGCCAGAGCUACAGACACCAAGUCUCAGCCUCGGGGCUACAGACACCAAGUCUCAACCUCCAAGCUACAGACCUGGGUAUAAAUCUCACAGCUACAGACACAAACUGACUCAGCUCCACAAACGGACUGACAGUCUGACAGUUACGGACAGAAGACUUGGAACAGGCACUGAUAGACUGUCUGACAGACUUAGACGCUGACUAAAGCUUAGAGCUACAGACAGACUGACUGAGUCAUAGAACUACAGACACUGACUGAGCCUUAGAGCUGCAGACACUGCCUGGCUGAGCCUUAUCACUACAGACAUUGACUGACUCAGCCUCAGAGUUACAGACACUGAGUCAGACCUACAGAGACUUUCCCGAGACCAAUGAAUAGAACCGCUCCUGACAGCUACAGGCACUGACGGGCUAAGUUCAGCAGGCAGAUGUACGGAAAUCACUGUGCAGCUCACGGACCUGGUCUGUGGUUUCUGUGUGGAGAUGUGACAAUCAUCUGUUCCAUGCCUUAAACCUUGGACUAAAAUGCCAGACAAUCGUCGGGUUACACUACAGGGAAGUAAAAACAGAAAAUCCGAAAAAAACUGGACUCCUACGGAUUUGUAAUCCCUCCUUUGUGUGUGUGCGUGUGUGUGUUCCAGCUAAAGAGCUUGGUAUGUCCACGUGGGUCAGUGCAAGCCUCCGAUUGGCUACGUAAUCCCUCUGCAGUGAUGACCACUUUGAUUUCACCAGGUCAUCACUUCAGAAGAUCAAUGAAUCUUAGUCGACCUAACAGAUAAAAAUAAAGGCAAUAAACAAAUACAGUAUUUAGCAAUUGAGAAAUUGAAUAUUCUUGAUGUGUGUGUGUGUGUGUCUUACCAGCCUGCGAAGGCCUUUUUAUUGUUUGUCAAUCUCGUAAGUAUCAGCCCUGAGUAGAGAAGGGUUAUUCGUGUUAGAGAGAGAAGUGUGAAUUAAAUCAUUUCAUAAGUCUCAUAAAUAUCACCACUUCCAGUGACUUGAUGAGUAUUGAUAGGUUUUAGGUGAUCCAUAAUGUUUGAAUGAGAGAAUUAAAUAUCCGUAUUUAUAUACCUUCAUAUGUGAUUUUUUAGAAUUAAUCACCUGAACCUAAACCAUGAUUGUAUUUAUAAAAAAUGACAUUCAGUUAAUUUUAACAAUGAGAGAAAAGCGUUCAGCUCCUCUUUUGGGAUGGGUUGAUCUCAUUUUUAAUCUUCUCGGCUAUAUACUGGCACCAUUUGAGCCAUGUCGGAUUUCAGUUAGACAAGUUAGUUUAUUUAAAAUGUUUACCUACAGGGUGAUGGAUGUUAACACUAACAGUAGGACAUUGGUCUGUUUUGCACUAAACAAAAAAAUGAAAAUAAGUUUAUAUACGAUAACCGUACUGAUUAGAAAUUGUUCGGUGUAUUGUUUGAAAUAUCGUUUGAUAACAUUUCAUAUUUGGAGUUUUUGAUUGGAAGGGGGGGAACUCCACUAUGUCGAGUGAAUGCAAUUAACCUUUUCGUCUACAGAAAUGUGAAUGAUGUCACUCUGGUGUUUUGUAUAGCUGGAGUGUCCAUAUGUGCAUUGUGUUUAUGGAAAUUUAUAUGCGGUCAGGAAAGGAAAAUGUAAUUUUCUUUUGUCUUUGUGGGAUGAUGUGUUUGAAUAGCUAAAGCCAAAAAACGUGUUUUGCACUGUCAGUUGUACACACAGGGCCAAUGACCACGGUGGCCUUGGAAAAAAAUAAAAAUCCAAUCACUGUUAACUAACCAUCUCAUUACCAGCAACGGAUAACUAAUCUGUAGUGUUGCGAUUGUUAUACCUCGAUGUACAGAUGUUCUAUAAUUAUUUACGUUAGUUACAUAAAAAAUUUAAGUUGGAAAUGUCUUAUGGAAAAAAAUAUUUUUAUAAAUGAAGUGUAAAGUCACAUUUUAGAGAGAAUUUUUUCAUGUUUAUACUUUGAGACUUUUGUGGAUUGUAUGCUUGAGGGUCUCGAAAUAUAUGAAAUGAAUAAAAAUGACUUACGGAUUCACUGAAGUCUGUAAAGCCGAUUAAAA